AUGAUAUCACAGCUGCAAUAUCGUGAAAAAGGUUUUCAAAAAUACUCUGAACUAAUCUCAUGCCUUCUGGUGGCUGAGCAGCAUAAUGACAUUCUAAUGAAAAAUCACGAAGCCCGUCCCGCUGAAAGUGCUCCAUUACCGGAGGCACACACGGUUGAAGCACAUGGCCAGUCUGAAAUAAGACAAAAUAAUCUGGGUCAUGACAAUGUGCGCGAGCGUGACAAAGACAAAAGACGAUAUAAUAAUCGUCGAGGUGGUGGUCAUAACAAAAGGGAGAGCAAUAUAGGUUCUCAAAAUAAUCCUUCUAAAGGAAAGGGCGAUCAUUGUCAUCGUUGUGGCCUUAAAGGAAAUAAAGGUGGCGCCUCCUCUUCUAAAGCCCGAGUAGAGUCACAUUUGACUCUCAAAGAUGAUGUUCAAGCAGGAUCUUCUCAAAAAUAUAAUGAGAAUGUUGAGACAAACUUAGUAUUAAAAGAUGAUGCUUUUGAUGGGCUCGAUGAUAUACUCAUCAAGAAGCUGAGGACUUCUUUGGGGAUCACAACUGAUAUUGAUAAUUGA